ACAACAUAACCAUGUCAUUAGAUAAUUGUGUUAUUAUUAAGUAGCUUUGAUGGUAUAAACUGUUGGUAACACUGAUAAGUCAUUUUCCAAAAGUGAUAAAUGAAAAUAUUACUCACUACGAGUUGAGAAAUACAAUAACAACCUUGGGUCAAUUCCAAAUAUAUAUUAAUUGUAGAAAGAAAAACUGCAAAGUUCGAUUGUGAUUUUUUAUAGAUACGUCUUCACAAGAGAUUGCAUAAAAUGUACUUUUGGAGUUGACAGUAUCGCGUAUUAGUUCAUUAGUCUCGUUUUUCAUUUCUACACUUGUAUAGAUUUUAGAAAUUAGUUGAAGGAAUCAUGUCUACGCCAGCUAGGAGAAGGCUCAUGAGAGAUUUCAAAAGAUUACAAGAAGAUCCACCUACUGGAGUUAGUGGUGCUCCAACAGAUAACAAUAUUAUGAUAUGGAAUGCUGUUAUAUUUGGACCUCAUGAUACUCCUUUUGAAGAUGGUACUUUUAAAUUGACAAUUGAGUUUACAGAGGAAUAUCCUAACAAAGCUCCUACAGUUCGUUUUGUAUCAAAAAUGUUUCAUCCUAAUGUAUAUGCUGAUGGUGGUAUUUGCUUAGAUAUACUACAAAAUAGGUGGAGUCCUACAUAUGAUGUUUCUGCCAUACUUACUUCUAUUCAAUCAUUAUUAAGUGACCCAAAUCCUAAUUCACCUGCUAAUUCAAUGGCUGCUCAACUUUACAAGGAAAAUCGACGUGAAUAUGAAAAAAGAGUUAAGGCUUGUGUAGAGCAAAGUUUCAUAGAUUAAUUUUCUUAUGUCAGCAUUCACUUUCAUCCUUAGUAAUUACUGCAUAUGAAAAUAUAUUAACAUAUAUAUAUAUAUAUAAAUGUAUAUUUACAAAUUUCCAAAAGUCAAUGUUUUUAUUUUACGAGUAUGUAUCUUUUAUUUGAUAAACCAUUGUUAUAUUUUUUUGGCUUAAAUUAACAUAAUAAAUAUAUAACAUAAAAAAAAUUAUAUUUUAAAUA